AUGGGCGAGGCUAUGCGAGCCUUGGCUCAAUAUGUAAGACUCGGGGCAAGGGGUGCGGACGACACCCUCAGUUUCGACGGCAAGACCCCAAGCGGUUUUUUCAGACUGCAAAGGGACGGCGGUUACGUCUUGGAACUCACAAGUCCGCCCUCGGAUGCAGAAACCCGACGCCGUCUUCUCAACGUGUGCGCACGAAUGAACGGCGCAAGCAACUGCAAGGCGACCGAGAAGGUCAGCAAGGAGGUGGCGAAGGAACUCAUAGACGCAUUCGACGGCGAGGUCGUGGUCGUAGUUUCGGGUUCGGGACUAUCAGACCCCGACAAAGUGAAUGAAAUGCUGAAGCGCAGACCCCGUGCAAUCCACGCCGAGCAGUGCGGCUGUGUUCAUAAUCUUAACUUCUGA